AUGGCGACGAGUUCUGCAGCCGUUACGGCUACAAAAGGACCCAAGCUAAAAGUUUUACCCUUCGAUCCUCACGGAAACCUGGGGAAACGAUGGGAAAAGUGGUUCGAACGGUUUGAGAGAGACCUCAAGUAUAACGGAUGUGAUCCUAGUAAAACAACAGAAAUAGCCAAAAUGGCGCUGUUAAUAUACGCAGGCACCGAGGUGGAAGACCUGCACGACACUCUGCCAGAACCAGGCAAACCAGAAGGCACAGAGGAAGAAAACUGGACCGCGUAUGAGCAAUCUAAAACCAAAUUAAAAUUACAUUUUUCACCAAAACAGUGCAACGACUUUGCUAUCUUUGAAUUACUCCGAAUGAAAAUCGAAUCGUCAGAAAGUAUUACAAGUUAUGCGAUGAGUUAUACUCGUGUGUGGACACGAGAACCAUUUCCCUGCUUCGGAGUGCCCAGCCAUAUCCAGAAUCUGCAAUUACUGUAAAAAGAAAGGACACUAUGCCAGCAAGUGCUUCAAGAAACAGAAGGAAGCAGGAAUCAAGCGCAUCGAAGCAGAACCCCAAACUGACACCAGAAACGACACCAACUCCGACACUGAUGAGUAUGACACAGCCAAGAUCGAAUUAGUUAACAACCUUGGGAUGAGGGAAAAGCCAUCGCUGAUGAGAGUCCGCACUAACGACCAAGAAGCUCUGUGGCAACCGGAUACCGGGACCCAAAAGGACGUCUGGGAUGAGGCACACUUCCACAGUUUUAAAGAAAAGACUCGGGGGUAAAGUUGACACCGACAAACAUCAAGCUAUUUGCAUAUGGGGGCAAGACACCACUGGUGGUCAUCGGUUCAUUCAAGGCAGUGCUGACAGCUGGGGAUCGGACAGUCGACACUGAGAUAUAUGUGACAUCUGAACCAUCCGCCUAUCCACUACUUUCCGAACAGUCAGCCAAACAGCUCCAAUUGAUCCGGUAUAAUGAGAAGUUCCUAGUAAAGCGAGUGUCUGAGCCCUGCAAGAAAGUUUUGGCAAUGACUAGGCGCCAAAAGAUAGCUGACAUGAUUAUGGAUAACCCCGAGGUAUUCACGGGUAAGAUCGGCAAAGCCAAAACGAAUGAGGUGUCCAUGAUGAUCGACGACAGUGUCACACCAGUGUCCAGAAACAGAGACGGAUACCGGUCAAUCUCUCAGACCGGGCAGAAAGCAAGAUCCAAGACCUCCUGGACCAAGACAUCAUAGAACGAUUUCCAGAUAACCAGCCACGCAGUUGGGUCAGCCCUCCGCUGAUUGCUCCCAAACCAGAUUCCAACGACAUUCGUUUCUGCAUCGAUAUGCGCAUGGCCAACAAAGCCACACAACGCCCGUAUACGCAGAUACCAACAACGGCUGAUAUUGUAAACAAAUUUCAAGGAGCAGAACGCUUCACUAAACUGGACCUCAAAGAAGCAUACCACCAGUUUGUCUUCGACGAACAGUCGCGUAACAUCACCACUUUCUAUGGCCCUGAUGGCCUCUACCGCUACAAAAGGCUCAAUUUUGGAACCAAAUCUGCCCAGGAUAUCCUCCAGUUGGAGAUGCACAAGAUGCUGUCCGGUAUCCCAAGCUAG